UUCCUCCACCUCCUUCUCCUCCUCCUCCUCUUCCGAGCGGCCUCGGAACGCGCGAAUGCGCGACCCCGCGCGCGCCUCCCCCGCGCGCGCUCCCCCCGCGCGCGCACACACUUCGUCUCCAGCUCUCUGCUCGCUCUGCUCGCAGUCACAGACACUUGAGCACACGCGUACACCCAGACAUCUUCAGGCUGCUAUUGGAUUGACUUUGAAGGUUCUGUGUGGGUCGCCGUGGCUGUAUGUUUGAAUCAGGUGGAGAAACACUUCAAGGCUGGACGAAGUAAAGAUUAUUGUUAUUUUUUUUUUUCUCUCUCUCUCUCUUAAGAAAGGAAAAUAUCCCAAGGACUAAUCUGAUCGGGGCUUCCUUCAUCAGGAACGAAUGCAGGAAUUUGGGAACUGAGCAGUGCAAGUGCUGAAGAAGGAGAUUUGUUUGGAGGAAACAGGAAAGAGAAAGAAAAGGAAGGAAAAAAUACAUAAUUUCAGGGACGAGAGAGAGAAGAAAAACGGGGACUAUGGGGAGAAAAAAGAUUCAGAUUACGAGGAUUAUGGAUGAACGUAACAGACAGGUGACAUUUACAAAGAGGAAAUUUGGGUUGAUGAAGAAGGCGUACGAGCUGAGCGUGCUCUGUGACUGUGAGAUCGCGCUGAUCAUCUUCAACAGCACCAACAAGCUGUUCCAGUAUGCCAGCACCGACAUGGACAAGGUGCUGCUGAAGUACACGGAGUACAAUGAGCCGCACGAGAGCCGGACAAACUCCGACAUCGUGGAGACGUUGAGAAAGAAGGGCCUUAAUGGCUGUGACAGCCCAGAUCCCGAUGCAGACGAUUCAGCCUUGAACAAGAAAGAGAACAAAGGCUGUGAAAGCCCCGAUCCCGACUCCUCUUAUGCACUCACCCCACGCACUGAAGAAAAAUACAAAAAAAUUAAUGAAGAAUUUGAUAAUAUGAUCAAGAGUCAUAAAAUUCCUGCUGUUCCACCUCCCAACUUUGAGAUGCCAGUCUCCAUCCCAGUGUCCAGCCACAACAGUUUGGUAUACAGCAACCCCGUCAGCUCACUGGGAAACCCCAACCUUUUGCCACUGGCCCACCCUUCUCUGCAGAGAAAUAGUAUGUCUCCUGGUGUAACACAUCGACCUCCAAGUGCAGGUAACACAGGUGGUCUGAUGGGUGGAGACCUCACAUCCGGUGCGGGCACCAGUGCAGGGAACGGAUAUGGCAAUCCCCGAAACUCACCAGGUCUGCUGGUCUCACCUGGUAACUUGAACAAGAAUAUGCAAGCAAAAUCUCCUCCCCCCAUGAAUUUAGGGAUGAAUAACCGUAAACCAGAUCUCCGAGUUCUUAUUCCACCAGGCAGCAAGAAUACGAUGCCAUCAGUGAAUCAAAGGAUAAAUAACUCCCAGUCUGCUCAGUCAUUGGCUACCCCAGUGGUUUCCGUAGCAACUCCUACUUUACCAGGACAAGGGAUGGGAGGAUAUCCAUCAGCCAUUUCAACAACAUAUGGUACCGAGUACUCUCUGAGUAGUGCAGACCUGUCAUCUCUGUCUGGGUUCAACACCGCCAGCGCCCUUCAUCUUGGGUCAGUAACUGGCUGGCAACAGCAACACCUACAUAACAUGCCGCCAUCCGCCCUCAGUCAGCUGGGAGCUUGCACUAGCACUCAUUUAUCUCAGAGUUCAAAUCUCUCCCUGCCUUCUACUCAAAGCCUCAACAUCAAGUCAGAACCUGUUUCUCCUCCUAGAGACCGUACCACCACCCCUUCGAGAUACCCACAACACACGCGCCACGAGGCGGGGAGAUCUCCUGUUGACAGCUUGAGCAGCUGUAGCAGUUCGUACGACGGGAGCGACCGAGAGGAUCACCGGAAUGAAUUCCACUCCCCCAUUGGACUCACCAGACCUUCGCCGGACGAAAGGGAAAGUCCCUCAGUCAAGCGCAUGCGACUCUCGGAAGGAUGGGCAACAUGAUCAGAUUAUUACUUAAUAGUUUUUUUUUUUUUUCUUGCAGUGUGUGUGUGUGCUAUACCUUAAUGGGGAAGGGGGGUCGAUAUGCAUUAUAUGUGCUGUGUGUGGAAAAAAAAAAGUCAGGUACUCUGUUUUGUAAAAGUACUUUUAAAUUGCCUCAGUGAUACAGUAUAAAGAUAAACAGAAAUGCUGAGAUAAGCUUAGCACUUGAGUUGUACAACAGAACACUUGUACAAAAUAGAUUUUAAGGCUAACUUCUUUUCACUGUUGUGCUCCUUUGCAAAAUGUAUGUUACAAUAGAUAGUGUCAUGUUGCAGGUUCAACGUUAUUUACAUGUAAAUAGACAAAAGGAAACAUUUGCCAAAAGCGGCAGAUCUUUACUGAAAGAGAGAGCAGCUGUUAUGCAACAUAUAGAAAAAUGUAUAGAUGUUUUGGACAGACCCGGCAAAGGGUGGCCAUUGGUAAAUGUUAGGAACACACCAGGUCACCUAACAUCCCGAGAACGCGCUCACAAACCUGCACGCAUAUCAUUGGCGUAUGGCACUCAUUAAAAAGGAUCAACGACCAUUAAACGAGGACCAUACCUAUUUAAAAAAAAAAAAAAAUGUGGAGUUUGAGGGCUAACGUAUUUAAUUAAAUAAAUAAAUAAAUCUGGGUCUGCAUCUCUUAUUAAAUAAAAAUAUAAAAAUAUGUACAUUACAUUUUGCUUAUUUUCAUAUAAAAGGUAAGACAGAGUUUGCAAAGCAUUUGUGGCUUUUUGUAGUUUACUUAAGCCAAAAUGUGUUUUUUCCCCCUUGAUAGCUUCGCUAAUAUUUUAAACAGUCCUGUAAAAAACCAAAAAGGACUUUUUGUAUAGAAAGCACUACCCUAAGCCAUGAGGAACUCCAUGCUUUGCUAACCAAGAUAACUGUUUUCUCUUUGUAGAAGUUUUGUUUUUGAAAUGUGUAUUUCUAAUUAUAUAAAAUAUUAAGAAUCUUUUAAAAAAUCUGUGAAAUUAACAUGCUUGUGUAUAGCUUUCUAAUAUAUAUAAUAUUAUGGUAAUAGCAGAAGUUUUGUUAUCUUAAUAGCGGGAGGGGGGUAUAUUUGUGCAGUUGCACAUUUGAGUAACUAUUUUCUUUCUGUUUUCUUUUACUCUGCAUACAUUUUAUAAGUUCAAGGUCAGCUGUCAAAAGGAUAACCUGUGGGAUUAGAACAUAUCACGUUGCAACACCCUAAAUUGUUUUUAAUACAUUAGCAAUCUUUUGGGUCAACUGACAUCCAUUGUAUAUACUAAUGAGUUUCUUUCAUGCUAUUUUUUGUUUUGUUUUUGCAUUAUUAUCAAAUGCAGGGCCCCUUUCUGAUCUCACCAUUUCACCAUGCAUCUUGGAAUUCAGUAAGUGCGUACCCUAACUUGCCCGUAUCUUAAAUUAUCUGGUUGGUUUUCAGCCUAGAAUUUGAUACACUUUUUAGAAAUAUGCCCAGAAUAGAGAAGCUAUGUUGGGGCACAUGCCCUGCAAAUAUGGCCCUAGAAACAAGUGAUAUGGCGUUUACUCAACGCAUAAGUUAUAAAUUCCCACAGAAGAAAAAUGUGAAAGACUGGGUGCUAGACAAGAAGGAAGCAGGUAAAGGGAUAGUUGCUUUGUCAUCCAUUUUUAAUUAUUUUAACUGACCCUCAACAAUCUUGUCAGCAAUAUAGGACUGUUGAACAAUCCCGGUGUGUCAGGACCCCCAAAUGUCACUUCUGCAUAAAGCAUGUAUGUCAUCUAUUUUUUCUUCAAUAAAGAGAUUUAAUAGCCAUUUCGAGAAAUCCCAUUAAAGAACCUCUCUAUGUCCCUUUUUUUAAAUUUUACAAGAAAUAAUGAUGACUCUUGUCUGAUACUCGUCUAUAAGGGAUUAAUUUUCAGACCCUUUAAAAAGUGAGUGCCAUAAAAAAAAAAAAAAAAGUUGAUAUAUAUUGUUUAAAAGAGAUUUCAAUCCAGGAAUGAUUUUCCUUCUCUUGGAAUGUGAAGAUCUGUCGAUUCAUCUCCAAUCAUGUGCAUUGACAUACACAGCCACAAAGAUCCAGACAGGAAGAGCGACACUGCUAUAGCACGUGUAGGACAUUUCUUAUCCAUUCUUUUCUUUCACUUGCAUAGUUGCUGUGUGUUUCUCACUAUAAAAGGCUGCCGCUGGGUGGCAAAAGCCGAGACCUUACUAACUAGGCUGUAUUUUCUUAACUUGAUCUGAAAUCCACAAUUAGACCACAGUGCACCUUUGGUGGUAUCCAUAUAGGAUGCCAGCCUGCCUUGUACUAAUGUUUUAUAUACUGAAAACAAACAAAAAAAUCUGUCAACCUUUUCCUAUAUCCCACUACUCCAGGUAUCCAUGGAACAUGAAAGAAAAACAUUUACGCAGAGGAAAAACAGAAAAUCAUCCCUGAACAUAAAACAGACACACACAAACACACACACACACGCACACACACACGUUGACACAUGGGAGGAAAAACUAAGAAAGUCAUUUUCCUCACCGUAUACUUGAUCCCAUCCUUACAACCAUCCUUGUAACUUGAUGUGUAUAAAAUAUGCAAACAUGUCACAAAUGUUGUUGUCAUUUCAAAACACUUUACCAAUAUCAGCAGAGAUUUACCAGUGGGUGGGAAAGGGUCAUUAUGUGAAAAUACGAAAAAAUAGCCAUAUUAAUUUUUUACCUGCAAUUUGCCUCCGCAACAAAGGAAAAGUGAAUUUAUAAUGCUGAACAGAGAGUAAGCUAAAGUACCAGCAGAAGCCUUGGCUAUUUAUAGCAGAUCUGACAAUAGUUUUAUAAGAACAUGAAAAGAACAGAAUCACUUGAAAAUGGAUGCCAGUCAUCUCUUGUUCCCACUACUGAAUUCAUAUAAAGUGGUAGCAAGAUAGCAAAGGGAUAAUCUGAGAAUUUUUUUAAGACGACUUAAUGAGAAGAAGCACAAUUUUUAUUGUGAUGAGUCACUUUCUGUAAACAAUCACUGUCUAUCUUUACCCUUCUACCUUAUCUGUAAUUUACCAUUUAUUGUAUUUGCAAAGCUAGUAUGGUUUUGGGUUUUUAUCACAGUAAAUCCUUUGUAUUCAGGAGUCUAGGGCAGAGCCCUGAGGGAGUUAUUUUACAUACCCCAUCCUAGGGUAACAUUUUAGGCAACAUUCUUCAUUGCGAGCAAAAGAACCAUAAACAGCGUUUUACACAGCUACAAAUAUUGUUAUAGCUAAUCCUAUUUUAAAAGAUUUUUGGUAAUAUUAAGCUUCAGUACUGGUAACACAUGCAAGAUACGCAAGCUGCACCACCUGUAUAUUGUAUGCAUUGGUGAGUGGAAGGCUGUUCAUUUCAACCUUUUUUAAAAUUGUGUUUUUUAGUAAAAUGGCUUAUUUUUUCCCAAAGGUGGAAUUUAGCAUUUUAUAAUGAUGAAUAUGAAGAUACCUGUCAUCCUCAGAUCGUUUUCAGGGUGACUAAAACAAAAAAGUUCCAAUACACUUUUUAAAAGAAUGUCUGCCCUCUCACACUUUGAUGUGUUUGUUUUUCUUACAUACCCAUCUUUGAAUUUAGAGAUAGCAUUUUUUUUUUUUUUUGCCCCUUAUCAUGAGCUUUUGUUUGUUUUUCCGGAGGGUAAAUGUUUUGUAUUUUCUUUCUUUAAAAAAAAGUUUUUUUUUUUUUUUAAAGAAGCAGCCACUUGAACCCUCAAUAAAGGCUGUUGCCUAAGCAUGGCAUACUUCAUCUGUUCCCAUUUGUGCCAUCUGCUGUGAUGUCACUUACAUGGCGUUAAUUUCCUGCCACUACAGAUCUUUUGAAGAUUGAUGGAAUACUGGUGUCUGUUAGAACACUUCAGACUACAGAUGUAAUUAAAGGCUUUUCUUAAUAUGUUUUUAACCAAAGAUGUGGAGCAAUCCAAGCCACAGAUCUUCUACAUUCAAUUUGUCCAUUUGGGUUAUUUUCAUAAUCGGGUAUUGCAUUUUGCCUUCCCUAUUCAUACCUCAAAUUGAUUCAUACCUCAGUUGAAUUCAGAGAGGUCGGCUAAGUGACAGAUUCUGUUGUGGUGUGAACGCAGUACCAAGUGUUCUCGCGGAGCAAAGUAGACCUGGGUCACUGUAGGCAUAGGACUUGGAUUGCUUCAGAUGGUUUGCUGUAUCAUUUUUCUUCUUUUUCUUUUCCUGGGGACUUGUUUCCAUUACAUGACAGUAAUUAAAAUAGCUUGUAAAUGAGGGCAUACAAGCAUUUGCAACAAAUAUUCAAAUAGAGGCUCACAGCGGCAUAAGCUGGACUUUGUCGCCACUAGAUGACAAGAUGUUAUAACUAAGUUAAACCACAUCUGUGUAUCUCAAGGGACUUAAUUCAGCUGUCUGUAGUGAAUAAAAGUGGGGAAUUUUCAAAAGUUUCUCCUGCUGGAAAUAAGGUAUAAUUUGUAUUUUGCAGACAAUUCAGUAAAGUUACUGGCUUUCUUAGUGA